GCAGAAGAAGAGGAACAGGAAGCCGUUACGUGAUAACGUCACGAUCCAGGAAGGGCAGUUUCUUAAAGACAGGACCGAAGAACAUUGUGUUCAGUUCAAGCAACCAAAUAACCAAAUCUCAAACGCACAAGCACACUCUGGCAGACAUGUCAUACGGCAAAGAGAGCUACCGCCCUGUGCCACGGGACUUCAACACCCUCAUCCAGACAUGUUCCUCCAACAUCCAGAAGAUCACACAGAACACUGCUCAGAUCAAGAGCAUGGUGAACCAGCUGGGGACCAGUCAGGACACCAGUGAACAUCAGGAUCGUCUGCAGCAGAUACAACACUACACCAACCAACUGGCAAAAGAAACCAACAAGCACCUGAAAGAGUUGGGAUCCAUUCCUUUGCCAACAUCCCCCUCUGAGCAAAGGCAGCAAAAAAUCCAGAGGGAUAGGCUGAUGAAUGAUUUCUCAGCAGCUCUGAACAAUUUCCAAGCAGUCCAGCGGCGCGCAGCAGAGAAGGAGAAGGAGUCAGUGGCCAGAGCGAGAGCUGGAUCCCGCCUGUCAGCUGAAGACAGUUCUCGGGAUGAAAAACUUGUUUCUUUUGACAACCAAGAGGACUGGGGUCAGAUGACCACCCAGACGGAGGAGGUGGGCAUCACCGAGGAGGACCUGGAGCUCAUCAAGGAGAGAGAGAUCAACAUCAGACAGCUGGAGUCUGACAUUUUGGAUGUAAACCAGAUCUUCAAGGACCUGGCAGUGAUGAUCCACGAUCAGGGAGAGAUGAUUGAUAGCAUUGAGGCAAAUGUGGAGAACGCUGAUGUUCAUGUAGAGCGGGGAACAGAGCAGCUCCAGAGAGCCGCCUAUUACCAGCAAAAGUCCAGGAAGAAGAUGUGUAUCCUUGCUAUGGUUUGUUCCAUUGUGCUUGUUAUACUUGGCAUUAUUAUCUGGCAAGCUGCUAAGUGAGUUGACUCUGCACAAACGAUGUGCCACUUCCAUAUUUUACUCUGCCCUUCCCACCCACAAGUACCUGCCUGGAAUCACCAGAAGAACAAGGAGAGGCUAUGACCAUGGUCAGCAGAGGAGAUCUAUGCAGAGGGAUGGUCAGUGUGGAAACAUCCUCAUGUGAACUGAUCAAGCCUGCUUUGUAAAAUAGCUGAAAACAUCCUAUUUAAAGUGAGAUAAAGGACUAAGGUGCUGAGGGGAGUGCUUAUUCAUUUCUUGUCUUAUUUACUGCACUAACACUAGCUGUCACUGUAUUUCAAAUGUAUAAAUGUCAUCGGGAAUGAUUUCAGAACCGGCAAAAUGAAAUAAGAAACUCAUGGCUUGUUGAAGUAAACUAAUCUGUGGUUUUUAGGGGGCUGUAAUUUUUUGUGACCUGCUGUGGCAUCAUCUGAAUGAGACUGGCCUGCCCAGUCACCUCCUGUGGGACCUGUGUGACUCCUGCUGCUGACGGCAGCCAUGCUUGUAAAUAUACAUGUUGUAAAAUGAGAGCUCUUACAGAUAACCAAUACUGAUCAAACCCAUGUCUGUAAAUAUUACAAAUCUGCAUUAUAUUCUGCUCAGAACAUUAUGGAUCAUAAAAUAAUGACACUAUCUCCAACAUGAAAGUCCAGUCUUCAAACAGAACAUUUUUAAAUUGAUUUCUAUGACAGUAUGCAUAAUAAAUGUCUGAAACAA